GUUAAACUUUUCUGAAAAUCCAGAAGACAGACUGGCCAGAUCUCAGAGGAGCCCCUCCGGCUACCGCUACACGGCUACCGCUACACGAAACACUGCAGAACUGCUGCCUAGUUCACAGCAACCAUGAGUCGGAAUGCUGAUGAUCAUCCAGUCAAGGGUAACCUGGUUCAGCUGAGGUGUCACUUCACAUGGGGGCUGCAAAUUGAAGACUCUGAAAUGCCUGAUUUAGAAAACAGGGUCUUGGACCAGAUUGAGUUCCUAGACAGCAAAUACAAUGUGGGAAUACACAACCUACUGGCCUAUGUGAAACACCUGAAGGGCCAGGAUGAGGAAGCCCUGGAGAGCUUGAAAGAGGCUGAAGGCUUAAUCCAGAGAGAGCAUGCUGGCCAAUCAGACGCGAGAAGUGUGGUGACCUGGGGCAACUUUGCCUGGGUGUAUUACCACAUGGGCAGACUGGCAGAAGUCCAGACUCACCUGGACAAGGUGGAGGACACUUGCAAGAAGUUUGCAAAUCUCUUCCGCUAUAGAAUGGAAUGUCCUGAGAUGGACUGUGAGGAAGGAUGGGCCCUGCUGAAGUGUGGAGGAAAGAAUUAUGAACGGGCCAAGGCCUGCUUUGAAAAGGCUCUGGAAGUGCACCCCGAAAACCCUGAGUUCAACACCGGGUAUGCAAUCACUGCCUAUCGCCUGGAUGGCUUUAAAUCAGCAAUAAAAGGUCACAAGGGGUUUUCUUUGCACCCCCUAAGGAAGGCUGUCAGGCUAAAUCCAGAGGAUACAUAUAUUAAGGUUCUCCUUGCCCUGAAGCUUCAGGAUGAAGGACAGGAAGAUGAAGGAGAAAGGUACAUUGAAGAAGCUCUGGACAUCAUGUCCUCACAGACCUAUGUCUUCCGAUAUGCGGCCAAGUUUUACCGAAGAAGAGGCUCUCCAGAUAAAGCUCUUCAGCUCUUAAAAAUGGCCUUGCAGGCAACACCCACUUCUGCCUUCCUACAUCACCAGAUAGGGCUUUGCCACAGGGCACAAAUGAUCCAAAUAAAAGAAGCUACAAAAAUGCAGCCUAGAGGGCAGAAUAGGGAAAAGGUAAACAAAAUGAUAAGAUUAGCCAUAUUUCAUUUUGAAUUUGCUGUGGAACAAAAGCCCACAUUUGAGAUUGCUUGCUUAGACCUGGCAAAAAUGUAUAUAGAAGCUGGUGAUUACAGAAAAGCUGAAGACACUUUUCAGAAAGUGUUAUGCAUGAAACCUGCUGUAGAAGAAACAAUGCAAGAGGUACAUUUAUACUAUGGCAAAUUUCAGGAAUUUCAAAAGAAAUGUGAAGUCAAUGCAAUUAUCCAUUAUUUAAAAGCAAUAAAAAUAGGAAAGCCCUCAUUUGCAAGGGAUAAAAGUAUCUAUUCUUUGAAGAAAUUGGUUUUAAAGAGACUUCAGAGAAAUGCAUUAGACCUGGAAAGCUUAAGCAUCCUCGGGUUUGCCUACAGAUUAAAAGGAAAUAUGAAUGAAGCCCUAGACUACUAUGAGCGGGCCCUGAGACUGGCUGCUGACUUUGAUAACUGUGUGGGACAAGGUCCCUAGGCACUGAAAUAUCAGCUGCUUUCACAUUUCAUCUGGUUUUAGGUUAACAUGUACUAAUCAUCUUUUCUGCUUGCUACUUUCAGAAACGUAUUAUAUAAAUUCACUGUAAUGAUGUAAUUUUUGAACAAGUACUCAAAUCUGAUAAAAUAUUA